AUGCCAAAUGGGAGGAAACUCAAAACUAAGCUCAAGGGCUAUACAGCUCCUACAGCAACAAUCAACCACUCGGCAGAAACCAAAAGACAUGCUGACGAACAUCAAACUAUAUCUGUCACUGCGAAACUCGCUAAGAUGCGAUUUGAGCAGGGACGAGCUGAAAUGAAUCGCCAAAAACGCCAAGAUGCCCAAGGUACAUCAAGUGCUCCAAUUUCCUUUCACUCACCUGCCGAAUGGACUUUUUCUUGGGAAUCAACUCCUGAAAAAUCUACACAUAAUGCAGCUGCAGUCACGGCCGCCGUUACGGCUAUGAGUAUGGCUUCAGCUACAGAUACGUCUGGAGCAUCAACCGCGACUCAUCGUGCUCCAGCCGGACCCCCACCUCCACCUUCUUGGCUGCCAAAACCUAUCGUUGCUACUCCUCGACGUAAAACAGAAGACAUUAGCUACAUUACCAAAAGAACUUUCACAAGUCUGCGUGUAAUCUGUGCGCAUGAGAUUGCCAAAUCUCUCAAGACAUGGCAUUCCUCUGCUCCUGGAAAAUGUGCUAGGUACUUUUCAGCUCUACCAAUGACGGCCAAGGAAAUUAUCCUCCAAGAAUUCAGUGCGCUGCAUCGUUUGGGAUACAACGGAUUGCCCGAUCAGUUCUUGUAUUUAUUCGGUGGUCACGAUCAUUAUACACAUCUUUGUCUAGAGGGAUCGUCGGUUUCCUUAAAUAAAUUGAUCCAAGUAUUCUGGCGUGCUCGUCCAGAACACGCACGACCUAAGAUUUCUUCAGCCGAUGAAGAUUCGUUAGCAGAUGACUGGGAGGAUGCAAUAGAAGAUAAAAUUACUGACAAUUAUAAUAAUAGUGAUAAUAAUGGUGAAAGUGGCAGUAAUGAUUAUGACCAUAACCACAACAACUCUAGCAUCCACUUCUACACAUAUGAUCCAGAGGACCAAGAAAACGAAAACUUUUACUCUAUCCAAGAUAUCCUGCGCGUAAUUCUGGGACGAUCCAUGAAACCCAAUCAACCUUACCGUCUCUUUACUCCCCUAUCCACUCAGCUUGUCUCACUUAAUCUCUCUUUUGUACGUCCUGUUCUUCCUUCAGUUGCCCUCGCGCAUCUCUUGUGUGCCACUCUGCCGAAUCUCCUUUCUUUAUCAACUGCCGGAACAUUUGGCCCAUCAGAAGGCCCUUUAACACUUCGGAUUCUGUCACAAGGCUUACAACGCUUACAUUAUUGGGAUAUUGGAUAUCAUGAUUGGAUUACUGCAGAUAUUUUGUGUGGGUAUACAAGCAAGACUGUCAUACAUUGGGCCAAAGACCUCCGUGAUCUCAGAGUUUUGGCUCUCCAGUCAGCAGGCCCGAACAAUAAUGUAGGCACAGAUGUAGCUAAUUGGAUAGCAGACCCCCCUCCAGAAGAUCGUCUUCGACAUCUCAAACGUAUAAAGGUUAUCUGCAAGUGAUCAUUCUAAUAAAAUUUAAUAUAUAAUAAAAAAAAUCAUUGUUUU